GCCAAUGUUUAAGCACAGUGUGAUUGAUAUAUCACUUGAUUUGAACAGAGAGAAAAAAAAACUUGUCGAGCUUGCUGGAUUCUUGAAAAUAUUGGUGUUAAAGUGUUCGGAAUUUCCAAUACCCCAGAGAAUAUCACAAUCUUUAAGAAAAGUAAAUAUAGUUCUGUGAUAAUUUUUCUUUUUCCACAUGCACAGUGUGUGUCAGUGACUGCGCAAAAUUGUUCACAAAAAUGUUAAGUGAAAUAGUAAAAAAAAACAGCCGACACAACAUGUAUUGAAAUGUUAUUCAAGUAAUGCAGAAAUUACAUACUGUUUUUUAUGCAAAUACUUACAAUCGUGUUAGAGACCAAUAAUAAUAAUGUGGAACUGCGAUUUCGCUGUGACACACAGUAGAAGCGCCAGUAUUGGGUAUUUACAAGUUUUCGCGUGUGUGUUUAUAAAUAUGUCGUUUUUUUUUUCAACAAGAUGAUUCAAUCGCUUCAGUCCACCAGAAGAUCUUUCCGGCGUAGCAUCGCCAGUAAUUCCAGUUUGACUUUCGCACUCGCACAAGAUACAUAGUCUAGUCGCGGAGGCUUCUUGCAAGCUAAUUUGAGAAGUUUUUUUUUUAUCCGACUGGAAGUGAGUGUUUAAAUAUGUGAAGUUUGUUGAAGUCGAAACUUUCUUGGUCAAUUAUUCAGCACGAAAGCCAGUGUCUCGUGAUAGUGGUUGAUGUGAAGAUGUGUGGCAAAAAUCUGUAAUCAACUGCUGAAGGCAAGGAAUUGAGCCAAAAUAGGUCAAGUGUCUUAUCACACUUUAUUCACACAUUCAAUGGCAAUUUCUGGGCAUCGCUGUGAGAAUUCAACAGUUUUGAAAUUUCUACAAGCUCUCCUUGUGCGAUAAAUCGAUGCCAAGCUUGCUGUAUUAACUGUACAUCGAGUUUCAAAAGUAAUAAUCUAAGAGAGUGCAAAAUUAAUUUCUGAGGAUUUCUGAGCGUAAAAAAGAAGUUAAGGUGGAAACAAGUUUUGCCACAACUCUUCUUCUCCAACUGCUAUUGACAACUCCUUGUUGUUGUCUUUUUUCUGCUGAUUUUUACAAUAAAGAAAAAGAGAAGCGAAGACUCAAAACAGCGACAUGACCUUCGGCCAUUUCAUUGCCAUCGUCGCACUUUUGUUAAUUCCACUGAAAUGUGUGCAUCUCACAGCGGAGGCUGAGCGCUAUGGCAGCGUAUGCAACCUCGCGGAUGGAACUCUCGGUGUCUGCAAGGCGCAUCGCGAGUGCAUUUGGGCGAGGGAAGGAUUCAAGAGCGGAAGACUGUCGUACUCUGACAUCGUGAGAUGCAGUUUCGUCGACAAUGACGAAAUUAUAUGCUGCGGAGACGAAAGACCGACGCACGAUGACCUCACGCCGCCCAGCACAAUCGUGAUUGAUCCAAAUAACCGGGAUCAGAUAUAUUUCAUAUCUCCUGAUAAUGAGAAUUACUUGCUAGAGAAUGAUGGAAAGACAUCAUCGUCCAUCGUUUCGACUUCACCGACCUCGAGGAUCGAGGGAAAGGGCAGAAAGUGCGAAGAGGAGUGCAAGAAAUUCAUGGAGAAGUAUCAAACUCUCUCGUAUAAUAUAUUGGGUGGUGAGGCGACAAAUCUCGGGGAAUUUCCGCACAUGGCCGCCCUAGGUUAUCCGUCGCAAGAAGUCGGUGACGAAGUGUACUUGUGGAAUUGCGGGGGAAGUCUAAUUUCCGAGCAAUACGUCCUCACUGCGGCCCAUUGCACGGCAAAUCCCACCGCACUGCCAGAAAUUGUGCGCCUCGGGAAGGUCACACUGAAGAGCAACGACGACACAGCUGUGGCGCAAGACAUCGCCAUCAGUCGAAUCAUCAACCAUCCUGAUUACAAGAGGAAUCGCAAUUACCACGACAUUGCGCUUAUCAGGCUUGCGCGUCCGGCGGAAAUGAACGAGAACGUUAAGCCCGCCUGUCUCAACACAAAUCUCGAUGAUGUGCCCGAGCAUACGCACCUCGUCGUCACCGGCUGGGGUGUGACGUCGGUGGAGAGGCGAGAGAAGUCAGGUUUGCUGCUCAAGACAAAUCUCACAUCGGUGCCUCUGGACAGGUGCAACCGGACGUACUCUGAUUUACCACGUGACCGCGCUCUUCCCAAUCUGCUCAACGAUGGUCAGCUCUGUGCGUUCGAUAUGACGCGCAAGAACGAUGCAUGUGAGGGCGACUCCGGCGGUCCAUUGCAAACAGUCAGUGAUAAUGGCUUCGCCACAAUAAUUGGUGUGACGAGUUUUGGCAUUUCUUGCGCGAGCUCAACACCAGGCGUGUAUGCACGAGUGAGUUUCUAUUUGGACUUCAUAGAGCAAAAUGUAUGGCCAGAUAGUCGCUAAUAAAUUCACCGAUUAAACCUAUGAUUUAUGGACAAAA